GCAUUGCAAAAGUUGGCUAUCUUAAAUGCUAUAUAAUGCUAACGUUUACAAUAAUUUGCUAACUUGCAUUGCAAAAGUUGGCUAGCUUAAAUGCUAUAUAAUGCUAAUGUUUACAACAAUUGGCUAACUUGCAUAGCAAAAGGCAAUAGCGUACCGCACGAAAUUAAAAAAAGAACAUGCCGAGUAAACACCGCCACUAUGGAACUUAUAUAUGGUGGAAAACACAGACAAGUCUGAAAGAGCAGAUUCUACUCUUGCACCCCUCUUUAAAAUAAAUUGCUGUAGUUUAAGCCAAAAGAUCUGUUGUGUUUGAUAGAACAAUAUGUCUAUAUGCUGCCAUAGCAGAUUGAUGGCGCAUUAAGCCCCCAAACUAUUUUUAAUUUCUCCGUUUUACCCUGGAAACCCACGUUUACAGAUGUUGCGCAACCGCUUAGUGCUAAUAUUUACAACAAUUUGCUAACUUAUAAUGUUGUUGUUUACAACAAUUGCCUAACUUGCAUAGCAAAAGUCCGCCAGCUUAAAUGUUAUAUAAUGCUAAUGUUUACAACUAUCGGCUAACUUGCAUAGCAAAAUCCCGCUAGCUUAAAUGCUAUAUAAUGCUAAAGUUUACAACAAUUGGCUAACUUGCGUAGUGCUAGAUAAUUGAAAAAAGUAAUAUUCUGUUCUUUGAUUUUAAAUAUACUGGUAUAUUAAUUAAAUAUUAGCAAUGGUUUAAGAUAUUAGCUUUUAGAUUAAAGAUUAAUUCAUUGAGAUCGAUUGUAUACCAUUUAGAGUUUAGAAGUAGUAUUUAGAUGUCGAAUUCAUUUUGACUAGGAGAGCUAGCAGAGAUCUAUUAAGCUAAAAAGUUUUUAAAAAAUAAAUCUUCAACCUGAAUCACUGCAAAGUUAAUAUAUUUUGUCAUAAACCAAUUUUAUAGUCAUUUUUUACUCAAGUAAAUCCCUCACCUGCCGCAAGAUGGCCGCCUGUAUGCGCAGGAGCAGCAAGUCCCACGCUGCCCGCUUGGGGUCGCACUUUUCCCGGCUGUGCCAGUGAGGGAGGGUGCGUUCCCGGAGCAACAGGGAAGAUGGCAGCGCUCACAUCUUUCAGUCAGUUGGCGAGCGGGAGCCCCGUGUUUGACAACUUUUACAGACAGGUGGAUCCGGGAAACACGGGGCGAGUGGGACCAACAGAAGCCGCCCUUUUCUUGAAGAAGUCGGGACUUCCAGAUGUGACGCUGGGAAAGAUUUGGGAUUUGGCCGAUCCGGAUGCAAAAGGUUACUUGGACAAGCAGGGGUUUUACGUGGCGUUGCGUCUGGUGGCGUGCGCGCAGAGCGGCCAUGACGUCAGCGUGUCCAGCCUCAACCUCAGCGUGCCGCCGCCCAAAUUUAAGGACUGCAGCAGCCCCUCCCUCAACACUUCCACUGAAGCUCACUGGGCCGUCAGGAUGGAGGAGAAAAGCAAAUUUGACGGCAUUUUUGAAAGCCUGUCGCCCAUCAAUGGCCUGCUGUCGGGAGAGAAGGUGCGCCCCGUCUUGAUCAACUCCAAGCUGCCUUUGGACAUUCUGGGGAAGGUCUGGGACCUGAGCGACAUCGACAAAGACGGACAUCUGGAUAGAGACGAGUUUGCUGUGGCCAUGCACCUGGUAUACCGCGCCUUGGAGAAGGAACCGGUCCCGGGCCACCUGCCCGCCGCCCUCAUCCCUCCGUCCAAGAGGAAGAAAAGCCUGGGCUCGGUGGCGGCGGCGGGCGGCGUGCCCCCUCUACCGGCAAGCCCGCCGCCGCCCAAAGACUCUCUGCGCUCCACGCCGUCGCACGGCAGCGUCAAUUCCCUCAACAGCACGGGCAGCCUGUCGCCCAAACACAGCCUCAAGUCGGCGCAGCAUUCUGUAAACUGGGUGGUUCCAGUAUCGGAGCGCGGUCGUUACGACGACAUCUUCCUGAAGACGGACACGGACCUGGACGGUUUUGUCAGCGGCCUGGAAGUCAAGGACAUUUUCAUGCAGUCGGGUCUCUCUCAAGGUGUCCUCGCGCAUAUAUGGGCCCUGGCCGACACCAGGCAGAUAGGCAAGUUGACUAGGGAGCAGUUCGCCCUGGCCAUGCAUCUGAUCCAGCAGAAGGUCAGCAAGGGUGCCGACCCCCCUCAAGCGCUGACGGCCGAUAUGAUCCCACCUUCGGAGAGAGGAACUCCCGUGGCGGGCGUGUCGGGGUACAUGACGCCAGUGGGAUCGGAGAUGGCGGCGCUGUCAGAGAUGAGGAGGGCCAUAAUGUUCAAGUUGUGGGACAGCUCCAGCUCGGUGGGUUCGGGCGAGUUUACGGGUAUCAAGGAGCUGGACGACAUCAGCCAGGAAAUUGCUCAGCUGCAGAGCACUCUUGCCUUUACCCAGUGGAAUGCACUCAGGGAGAAGUACACUUUGGAGCAGGACAUUAGGGAGGCAGAAGAUGCUAUCCGACACAAGAGCGGCGAAGUGCAGGACAUGCAGAACGAGUUGGACCGGGAGGCGGCCUGCCUUCAGGAGCUGGAGGCACAGAAGCAGGACGCCCAGGACCGCUUGGACGAGAUGGACCAGCAGAAGCGCAAGUUGGAGGACAUGCUCAACGAGGUCCGUCUCAAGUGUCAGGAGGAGUCGCAGAUGAUCUCAACGCUGCAGAGCCAGAUCCACUCCCAGGAGUCGGACCUGCAGAACCAGGAGGAGGAGCUCAGCCGGGCCAAGGCCGACUUGGGCCGCCUUCAGCAGGAGGAGGACCAACUGGAGCAGAGUCUGGCUGCUGGCAAGAUCCAGCUGGAGACCAUCAUCAAGUCCCUCAAGGCCACGCAGGACGAAAUCAACCAGGCACGCAGUAAACUCUCACAGAUCCAAGACAGCCAGCAGGAAGUGUCCAAAAGCAUCGAGCAGUACAACAGCACCCUCAACGGGACCCACGGAGGAAGCAUGACCAACCUAGCCGACAUGAGCGAGGGCUUCAGCGACAGAACUGAAAACGGGGCCUUCCCCUCUCGUGCCCAGGAGGAGGACCCCUUUAAAGUGAAAGCGUCGGUGUUCAACAGUCAGCCUCAGGAGCUCCACGCCGACCCCUUCCACUCAGAAGACCCGUUCAGGACGGACCCCUUCAAAGGAGACCCUUUCCAAAACGACCCCUUUGAGAAGCCGCCCGCAGCCCCUGCAGAUCCGUUUGGCGCCGACCCCUUCAAAGAGACGGAUCCGUUCAAGGCCUCUUCUGAAGAUUUCUUCAAGAAGACUACAAAGGCGGACCCUUUCGCCAUGUCGGACCCCUUCAGCAAGAGUGCCACGCUACCCUCCAAGCAAAUGAGUCAUUUCACAAGCAGCGACCCUUUCGCCUCCAGUAACUCCAAACCCAAAGGAGCAGAUUUGUUCGGCGCCCUGGAUCCGUUCGGCAGCGGCUCGUUCGGCGGCGCCGCCAACAGUGCCUCCGCUGGUUUCGCCGACUUCAGCCACAUGUCAAAGUCUCGAGACCCGUUCGAAGGCCGCGCCAGCUGGAUGCCGGACUACCAGAAGGCCGCGUUUGCGGACGAUCCGUUCGGCAGGAAGAGUGACAUGCCCGCCCUGCCGCCUAAAAAGGGGGUUCCGCCCAGGCCCAAACCCCCCAGUGGUAAAACGACGCCAGUGAACACGGCGGAACCUACCAAGCCGUGCGACCCUUUCCAACCGUUUGGCCGGGACGCCGUCGACCCCUUCCAGAGUAAAAAAGGUCUAGGGGACCCGUUUAGCGGCAAGGACCCCUUUGCUCCGCCUUCCUCAGCACCCAGACCCGACAAAGUCAAGUUCAACAACGAGGCGCAGCAGCUGGAAUGGGCCAAGCGGGAGAGCGAGCGGGCCGAGCGGGAGCGCCUCAAGCGUCUUCGGCAGCAGGAGCAGGAAGACCUGGAGCUGGCCAUCGCUCUCAGCAAAGCCGAGAUGUCCAACGCGUGAAAACGCAAACACUGACGGACUACGAAACACAACCGCAAAAGCCACUUUUUUUCGCGCGGAACCCGUCGACUUGAUCUCAGUGGCUUCAAGAGAACGCUCCGGAACGACCGGGAUUACGCGCUCAUCAUCUUCAUCGUUGAUGCGAAAGGACAAAAAAAAAGAAAAGGUUGGAAAACUUUUUUUUUUUUUUCCGCCCCGAAGGCGGACACGUUAGCUCGUCGUGACUCCGGCUAGCUUUUAACACGCUUUUUUAUUUGCGGUGCGGUUUAGCUAGCGGCGCUUUUUCAGGUUUUUCAAUCUGUGUGGAGUUGGUUUUUUACUGGGGCCAAAAAUACCUCAUUGAGAACACUAAAUUGUCCAUUUGACAAAAUGGAGGAUAUAAAAUGGGGAGUUAGCGCUUCAACAACGAUACGCUAACUCACGGAUUUCAUAACAAGGACCAGAAGCGCCAAAAGCAAAUAAUAGCAUGCAUAUAAAUAAGAAUUGAACUGAAUGUAUACAAAUGGAAUCCAAAAAUGUUCAAAUAAAUGCAAAUUCAUAUAAAUUGAAUAAAAAUCCAUUGAAAUGUUGAAUAAGUGUCUUAAAAAAUUGAUAAAUGAAAUAAGUCAAUAUAUGUUUAUACAAUAUAUAAAUAAAUCUUGAAAUAUACCCCCACCUCCAAAAAAACCCAAAAACAAUUAAUACAUUAUCACACAAUAGAAAUUUUUAAAAAAUGCAUAACUUUUGAAAUGAAAAAUAAUGGUUAAUUCAAAUGGAAAUAAUUUUUUUAAAAAUGAAUUCAAAUGAAGGUUAAUUGAAUUUUAAAAACUUAAAAUUUAUGUAUACAUAUUAAAUCAAAUUAAUAAAGGAAAUAAAUCUGCUGUAUAUAUGUGUUGAAAUAAAAACAAACGGAAUUGCAAUCGACGUAUAAAAAUGAAUGUUUGAAUAAAUAAAAAUGAAACACAUAUUAAAUAAAUGUCAUCAAUGACAAAUGAAAUAAAUCAAUAUAAAAACUAAAUAAUUGAAUAAUAAAUUAGUAAUGAAAAUAAAUUGUCAAAAACAAAUAAUAAUAAUUAGUUAUUAAUGAUAAUGCAAAAAAUAAUAAUUAAAAUAAAAAAUAAAUUUAUAAUCAAAACGAAUGUAUAAAAAAUUUGUUUAAAUAAAUCAUUAAAUGAAUACGUAAAUGAAAACAUAUAUUUUUUUAAACUUCAUAAAUACAUAAAACAAACAAAUACGUAAAUAUUAGAUUAAAAAAACACAUUUUAAUAAAUUCAUGUGGAAUUAAAAAAAAAAAUACAAAUGGAGAUAAAUACUUGACAUUUAAAUGAUAAAAAUGACAAUAAAUAUGUACAAAUUGAUUUAAAUAAAUGUUGGGGAAAAAUACAAAUGGAAACAUUUAAAUUGAUAAAAUUAAAAGAAUUUAAAUGUCUACAAAUUAAAUGAAAUGUUCAAAUAAAUACAAAUGAAUGACUAUAAAUUGAAUAAAAAUGAAUUGAAAUAACUAUAGAAAAUGUCAUAUUCAAUAAAUAUAUAUUUAAUAUGUAGAUAAAUCUUAAACUAUAACACUAAAUUUUGUUAAGUAAUUAAAAAUUUGAAAACAAAAAAGAAUUCAUUAAUAAUAAAAUAAUAUUAAUAUAUAUAAUUAUAUGUAUUAAUAAAUAAUUCAAUAAGUAUUUUUAAGUGUAUAAAAUUUUUAUUAUUGUUUAAAUACUAUAAAUGAAAAAAAAUUAAAAUCAUAAAAAUUUAAAUAAAUCAAAUAAAAAAAUUCCAAAAAACCAUACUAAAAUAAAAACAGACAUUUUAAUAAAUGAAUAAGUGUUGAAAUAAAAAAUGUAUACAAAUUGGAAAUAAAUUAUUUGAAAUAAUAAAAAAAAAAAAAAAAAGACAAAAAAUGCAUACAGAUUGAUUCCAAUAAAUGUUGAAAAAUAUACAAAUGGAAACAAAUUGUUUAGAAAUACAAAAAUAAUUCUAAUAAACAUAUAUAAAUUUUGAAAUAUGCAAGAAUUUAACACAUAAAUACUGACUAAAAACAUUCAUUUAUGGCAAAGUGAUUUCAUCAUGUAUGUAUAAAUUUGAUUUUGGCGUUCCUGGUCCUCGGUAUUUAGCUAAUAUGCUUAACACAUUAAAUCCCAACUACGAAAUUGACGUAUGACUGCAAAAAAACUGACAGCUACCUCUCCCAAGUCACAAUUCAUUCCCGCAAAAAAGCACCGAAGCAGUAUUAAAACGCGUUUAUUCUUUUCAGGAGUCGAUGAGGGAAUCCUUUGUUAUCGUAUUUUAACACGAGUGUUUUAAGCUAACCAUUUUUCGGGAGACGACGCAGCUGACAAUCUCGUCCGACUGGAAACCUGCUAACCACUCGCCAACGUUUUCAUAUUUUAUUUUAUUUUACUUGAAGCCGCGACUGAAUGGACGUGACUGAACACACAUUGCGGACAUUUGUUUUGUCCGUCAUUCACGUUCUCUGAAAAUGUAUUUAUUCCUGCAGACGGGAAGGUUUACGUUGCAGAUCAAAACCACUUUAAAAGAAAAAUAUUAAUGCUGUGAUUACGGUGCUGGUCGGUUGCUGGAUGCGCCUGCAAAACAGGUAACGAACUGUACAACAAGCAAAAUAUUUUGUUCAUUUUAGUUCAUGCAAAUGUUCCUGUGAAAGAUGGGGCGUCCAUUGCCGACAAUGGCAGGCAAUGAUUUCAUAUUUUUCCAUUUUUGUUUCCUGGUGUUGAUUUGACGUAAAUCAGUUUGAAAAUUUUGGUGUGUAGUUAACCCCCCAAAAAAGUUGAAUCACUGAUAAUUGGUGUCGAUUUGAUGUGAAUCCGUUUUGAAUUUCACGUGUAAAGUUACGCCCAAAAAUGAUAAAUCAUAGAUUAAUCUAGAUCACGUUGACUCCCCCCGCUUCAAAUGAAUUGGACGUCCAUUGCUGUCAAUGACAGACAAUUAUUCUUAUUUUUCGUCGUCAUUCCCGAGGGUUGAUUUAACGUAUAUCGGUUAUAAAUUUUGGUAUAAAGUUACCCUUUAAAAAAAAUUAAAUCAUAGAUUAAUCUGACUCCUCCCACUUCAAAUGGUUUAGACGUAUAUUUCCGUAAAUGGCAGCCAUUGAUUUCAUGUUUUUAAUUUUCAGUUCUUGGUGUUGAUUUGACGUAAAUUGGUUUGAAAAUUUUGGUGUAGAUUUACCCCCAAUAAAAAAAAAAAAUGAAUCACUGAUUCAUCGAGAUUAGGCCGGGUACUCCCACUUCAAAUGGAUUGGACGUCUAUUCCCGUCAAUGGCAGCCAUUGAUUUCAUGUUUUUAAUUUUCAUUUCUUGACGUUGAUUUGAUUUAAAUCGGUUAUAAAUUAUGAUAUAAAUUUAACCUCAAAAAAGGUGAAUCAUAGCUUAAUCGAUAUUAAUCUGACUCCUCCCAUUUCAAAUGGAUUUGACGUCUAUUCCAGUCAAUGGCAGCCAAUAAUUUCGUAUUUUUCUUCUUCAUUCCCUGGUGUUGAUUUGACGUAAAUCGGUUUUAAAUUUUGGUAUAAAGUUACCCUUUUAAAAAAAUUGAAUCAUAUAUUAAUCUGACUCCUCAACGGCAGCCAAUGAUAUCCGAUUUUAAAUCUUCAUUACUUGGUGUCGAUUUGAUGUGAAUCCGUUUUGAAUUUCACGUGUAAAGUUACGCCCAAAAAUCUUAAAUCAUAGAUUAAUCUAGAUUACGUUGACUCCUCCUGCUUCAAAUGAAUUAGACGUCCAUUGCUGUCAAUGGCAGCCAAUGAUUUCAUAUUUUUCGUCUUCAUUCCCUAGUGUUGAUUUGACGUAAAUCGGUUAUAAAUUUUGGUAUAAAGGUACCCUUAAAAAAAAGUUUAAUCAUACAUUAAUCGAGAUUAAUCUGACUCCUCCCACUUCAAAUGGAUUAGACGUACAUUCAAGUCAAUGGCAGCCAUUGGUUUCAUAUUUUUCAUCUUUGUUUCCUGGUGUUGAUUUGACGUAAAUCAGUUUGAAAAUUUUGGUGUAGAGAUACCCCCCCCCCCAAAAAAAAAAAAAAAGUUGAAUCAUUGAUUCAUCGAGAUUAGGCCGACAACUCCCACUUUAAACGGAUUGGACGUCUAUUCCCGUCAACGGCAGCCAAUGAUAUCCGAUUUUAAAUCUUCAUUACUUGGUGUGAAUCCGUUUUGAAUUUCACAUGUAAAGUUACGCCCAAAAAUGUUAAAUCAUAGAAUAAUCUAGAUUACUUUGACUCCUCAUGCUUCAAAUAAAUUGAAAGUCCAUUGCUGUCAAUGGCAGCCAAUGAUUUCAUACUUUUCGUCUUCAUUCCCUAGUGUUGAUUUGACGUAAAUCGGUUAUAAAUUUUGGUAUAAAAUUACUCUUUAAAAAAAAGAUGAAUCAUAGAUUAAUCGAGAUUAAUCUGACUCCUCCCACUUCAAAUGGAUUAGACGUCUAUUCCCGUCAAUGGCAGCCAAUUAUUUCAUAUUUUUCAUCUUCAAUACCUAGUGUUGAUUUGACGUAAAGCGUAUAUAAAUUUUGGUAUAAAGUUACCCUAAAAAAAGUUGAAUCAUAGGUUAAUCUAAAUUAAUCUGACUCCUCCCACUUCUAAUGGAUUAGACGUCAAUUGCCGUCAGUGGUAGCCAAUGAUUUCCUAUUUUUAGUCUUCAUUUCUUAGAGUUGAUUUGACAUGAAUCAGUUUGAAAUUUUGGUGUGAAGUUAUCCAAAAAAUGAUGAGUCAUAGACUAAUCGAGAUUAGGCCGACUCCUCCCACUUCAAACGGAUUGGACGCUUAUUCCCGUCAAUGGCAGCCAAUGGUCUACUACAGGGGUUCCCAACCUAUUCCACUAAGGCACACUGUGGGUGCAGGAUUUCAUUCUUACCAAACAAGAUGACAACACUUUUUCCCCAAUCUGGUGUUUUACAAGUGCAAUCAGUUGAUUGCAGUCAGGUGUGGCUUGUUUUAGCAGAAGCCUCAUUGGUUCAACUGUCUCUGCUGGAUCGGCUGGAACAAAAACCAGGACCCACAGUGUGCCUUGAGGACUGGGUUGAAAACCCCUGGUCUACUAUUUUUAGUCUUCAUUUCCUGGUCUUGAUUUGACGAAGAUAUGUUUUAAAUUUUGGUAUAAAGUUACCCCAAAAAAUGUUAAAUCAUAGAUUAAUCGAGAUUUGGUUGACUCCUCCCGCUUCAAAUGGAUUGGACGUCUAUUGCCGACAAUGGCAGCCAAUGAUUUGAUAUUUUUAGUCUUUAUUUCUUGGUGUUGGUUUGAUGUAAAUCGGUUAUAAAUUUUGGUUUAAAGUUACCCAAAAAUAUUAACUCAUAGAUUAAUCGAGAUUAGCCUGACUCAUCCGUCUUCAAAAGGAUUGGAUGUUUGUUGCCGACAGUUGCAGCCAAUGAUUUCCACAUUUUAUUUCCUGGGGUUAAUAGUUUAUUUGUAAUUCAUUCCAGGAAAUGAAUCGCGCUUCAUUUAGAUUAAUCUAUGGCUAAAUGAAUUGUGAUUAAAGUUAACCACAUGGAUUUUUUUU